AUGGAAGAUGCCAUUUUCGAAAUUUCAGUGCUGUGUAAUGCUCCUACUAAUUAUGUUGUGCCGUUUUGCAAAGGGAUUCUUCUGGCCAAAAGUUGCAAAGACCUUGUUAUUAAAUGUGUGACAAGGCUCACAGUUGGUACAACUGAUCGACUUCGUGUCGAAAUCAUGAGACUCGGUGAGAUUGAGAUAUUGGGGACUCGAGAUAUUCUGCUUCGUACUGUCGGCGAAUGUACCUCUCCCGCAGCACAGUCUAGUAGUAUGAGCCCUGAUGUGUGUCAGAGAGAUGAUCAUGGAUCAUCGAGUCGCUCUUCUGUCCGGAUUCGAGGUGAAGUAUGUGAUUAUUGGCGUGUACGCACUUUAUAG